AUGGCAAUCCUCUCAGCAAGAAAACUCGCCCAUGGCGGCAUUCUCUAUGAACUCAGCAACCCGGAAUCAGCAGCUUGGCUUAGCAUCCCAGGGAACAGAAGCAACUUCCUGGAACAAUUUAGAGCAGAGGUAAUCAUAAAAGACCACACGUACCACCUCAUCAUUGAAAAUGUCCCUGUAUCCUUCAACCCAACCUCUCCAGUGGCGACCUCAGAAAUUGAAAGGAAAGGUGGCCUUCAACCAAAAUCAGUGAUCAAGGCCAGAUACAUCAAACCCAUCGCUCGCAGAAAUCUGAACCAAAGGACCACUCACAUCACCUUAUCCCUCAACUCAAAGACCUCAGCCAACCAGAUCCUUCAACAUGGAAUCACCAUAGAGGGCAAGAAGGUGUAUGGCCGCAAACUGCUUCCUAAACCUACAAGAUGUCUAAAGUGUCACACUUUUGAUGGAGGGCACAUAGCUGCGGAAUGUCAGCAGGAACACAACACCUGCAGCAUGUGUGGCAAGAAGCACCACACUGUAGAUUGCAAGAUUGACAAUGCAGCAGCCUACCACUGCGUCAACUGCAAGUCAAACGGACACGCAGCCUGGAGCUGA